AUGUCUUCAGCCCCAGCUAUCAAACGCAAGUUGGCAGAAUCUCACCAGGAACCUACGGCUAAGCGCCAUGUUCAUGGGUACGGUCCGCAGUCCCCAUGGCUACACGAGUCAGAGCCUGCCGGGAUAUGGCGAACACGGGGAAAUCCCGAUGUGCAGCACGCGAUGCCCUUGGCAAAUAUGGUAUCCGCCGUGCAAGAUCUGAUAGACCCAAACUUUGAUCCACUCACGGCGAUGCUAGACGACGAGCCCCGGUUUUUGAAACCCCUACCAGCUCGAAUCUCCCCAGAGGACUUGGAGUUCUUGCGAUUCCGUGGUGCCCUUUCGCUUCCGGAGAGUGGGUUGCGGGAUGAACUUCUUCGUUGCUACAUCCAAUGGGUGCACAGUUUCAUGCCAGUUUUGAACUUGCAAGAAUUCCUACGAUGUGUGGCCGAAAAUGACCCAGAGGGAAAUGUUAGCAUCCUACUAUUUCAGGCGGUCAUGUUUGUUGGUACGGCCUUCGUCGAUCUUAAACAUCUGCAGGAUGCUGGGUAUUCAACCCGGAAAAGCGCGCGUAAUGCGUUCUUUACUCGAUUAAGGUUACUUUAUUCUCUUGACUGUGAAGAGGAUCGAAUUGAGAUUCUCCAAACCCUGCUAUUGAUGACCUACUGGGCUGAUUCGGAGAACAGUCCACAGCGAGAUAUUUGGGAUUGGAUUGGCGUUUGCAACACACAAGCACAGUCGAUCGGUUUGAAUAAAGACCCUGCAUCAGGUGAAAUUAAUAUACGGACUCAAAGGCUCCGUUCUCGCCUCUGGUGGUGUCUGUAUUCUCGAGAUAGGCUGAUCGCCAUGGGUAUGCGGCGCCCGCUUCAGGUUAACGAUGGAACGAGCAGUGUCCCGAUGCUUCGACUGGACGAUUUUGAUUUCGAGCCUUUCUCUCCAUAUGUGGUGGCCAAAUUUCAUUGCCGUCAACUCCAAGAUGUGUCACAUCAGAAACGCCUUGCCACCAUGUUCAUCGAGAAGGUGAAGCUCUGUCAAUGUAUUGGUAGGGUAUUAUUUGCACAAUAUACACCAUCUCAGCGCCAGUUCGGGGCUACGGACCGGACUACGGUCACACUUAUUCCCCGACAGGCUUCCGAGUCCGAGUUUACGCGAUGUGGUCAGAAACUCGACUCGUGGCUUAGUUCGCUCCCUAAAGAUGCACAAUUCAUCCCAAAGUCAGGGAAGAACUUCCAUGAUGGUGAGGAUGUGCUGCUGCUUCAUGGCGCAAUGCUACGUAUGCUCUACCAUGCUACCAGCAGCGCACUUCACCGGCCUUGGGCGACUGCUUCAAAAGAUCAAUCCAAAUCGCGGACAGAGUGGCGCAAUGCCGCCCGUACAAAAAUGAACGAUGCUGCUGGGGGGAUCACACAUAUUAUUCAAGGCUUAAAUAAGCUCAACCUUACAAGGUUCCUGCCGCAGUCCGGCGUGACUGUAAUUCUACCCGCCGCUGUGGCACAUUUAACCAACACCAUGUCCGACGACCCUGCUAUCCGCGAAAGCAGUGUCGAUAAUUUCCAUCGUUGCAUCCAAGUCCUCCACUGUCUUAAGGAUAUUUAUCCAGCCGCCGGUCAAGAGUUCGCCAACAUCGAGGCCGCCAUCAAAAUGCAGGCAGGUGCCUCCAGUACAUUCUUCCAGGUCAUGCAAUACAACGUCGACGCUCCUGCCACAUCUUUGGCGACCAGGAAGCCAAGCAAUGCCAUGUCCACCCCUCAACUCCAACUCACCUUACCUAUUACUAUAACCGAAACUUCCACGUCGCAAGCACAGACCUCAUCUGUCCAACAGAACAUACAUCAAAGAAAGCCCAGCAUGGAAACCAUAUAUGAACCCGCGCCACCUUUAUUUCCUAGUGAUUUUAACCAUUAUCUCAACCCCAACAUCAUAGACAACAAUCCUUUCAACUUUCUCUCCAUCGACAUUGACUCCUUUCCCGACAUUUCAACCUCUCCCGAUCCAGCGAACUCCAACAACGCGGGUAAACCCUAUAUAUCACCACCACGACAAGACCAAGACACUGUUGACUGGGCACAAGAGCUGUUUCAAGAUACUGAUGUCAAUCAUUACAGCAACACGGAAAUCUUUCCCAGGCCUCAAAAGGCGACUCCUCCAAAAGAUCAAGAUCAAACCCAUAACGAUCCAUUCUCUUUUAAUUUAGAGGAUACAGAUGACAUUCGUACAGUGCAUUCUCGUCAUCGGUCAAUAAACAAUGGAAGGCCCGAAAUCACGGGCGAUCUAGAUCGAGACUUGGGGUUCCAGUCUGAGGAUGAUAUGUUCUAG